AUGCCUUCCUGGUAUUCGAACAUUGUUUUCCGGGGGCAUUUUGCCGUCAGCGUCUUUUUCGUGCUCUCUGGGUACGUUCUUUCAAUGUCGCCACUGGUAAGCAUCCAGGAUGGCGAUUACGUUAGACUAGGUAAAUGCCUUUCCUCAGCCGUAUUUCGCCGAUGGUUUCGUCUAUAUAUUCCUGUCAUUUGCACAACAUUAUGCUACAUUACAUUUUUGCACCUGUUUAAGAUCACCGCUGUCCCAGAGCUUCAAGGAAGCUACCGCGCGGAGCUAUGGAAUUGGUACGCCGAGUUCAAGAAUUUCAGUUUCCCUCUCCGAACAGGCGGCGAGCCCUGGUUCACAUACAAUUUCCAUGCUUGGUCUAUACCCGUCGAACAUCGAGGCUCUCUGGCUGUAUACAUCGCCGUUCUCGCCUUUUCAAGAUUUCGCCGCGAUGCCCGGCUCCUAGGCGAAGUCGUGUUGGUUGUGUACUUUUUGUACGUUGCGGAUGGAUCACACUAUGCUAUGUUUAUUGCCGGCAUGCUUUUAAAAGAUCUCGACCUCCUCGCCAUGCGAAAUGACUUGCCCCGCUUCUUUCUCAGACUGGGUCCCUUUAAGACAGCCAUCAUGACUGUUCUCUUCUAUGCAAGCCUUUAUCUUGGAGGGGUCCCCUCACAUACGGACAAUUUGCAACAAUUACGUGACUCACCAGGGUGGUACCUCUUGUCCUUCCUAAAACCACAGGCAGUGUUCGAUUACAAGUGGUUCUACCUGUUCUGGGCCGCUGUCUUUCUCGUCGCAUGCACAUCUCACCUUCAGUGGCUCAAGACAUUCUUUAACGCCCCAUUCAACCAGUACUUGGGCCGUAUAUCGUUUGCAUUCUAUCUGGUUCACGGACCGGUUCUGUGGACUUUGGGUGACAGGCUCUAUGCUGCAGUGGGUUUCGUACGCGAUUCACACUAUGAGAAUUGUCCCUGGUGGAUUAAUCGCCUCCCCUUGCCUAACGUUGGUCCUCUUGGGCUUGAAGUCAACUUUCUCGUCGCGAAUCUGGUUCUGUUGCCCUUGACUAUCUGGCUGGCAGAGGUCACGACUAGACUAGUUGAUGAGCCGGCGGUGAAGUUCUCUCAGUGGAUCUACCAAAGGGCGCUGAUUGACAAAACCUGA